AUGAGCUCAGGAACACUUCAGAAAACCACUGUCAGUAACUACAGUUGGUCGCUACAUCUGUAAGUGCAAGUUAAAACUCUACUAUGCAAAGCCAAAGCAUUUAUCAACAACACCCAGAAACAUUUCGAGUUGUUUUUUUGAAACUGUGGAAGUUGUUUCCUCCGGACCAAAGAGGAAUAGAACCAUGGGGACUGUUCUAGGGUGAAAGUGUUCUAGGCAGCAUGUGUGAUGGUGUGGGGGUGUAUUAGUGAUUGUUCUAGGGUGAAAGUGUUGUAGGCAGCAUGUGUGAUGGUAUGGGGGUGUAUUAGUGAUUGUUGUAGGGUGCAAGUGUUGUAGGCAGCAUGUGUGAUGGUAUGGGGGUGUAUUAGUGAUUGUUCUAGGGUGAAAGUGUUCUAGGCAGCAUGUGUGAUGGUGUGGGGGUGUAUUAGUGAUUGUUCUAGGGUGAAAGUGUUCUAGGCAGCAUGUGUGAUGGUAUGGGGGUGUAUUAGUGAUUGUUCUAGGGUGAAAGUGUUCUAGGCAGCAUGUGUGAUGGUGUGGGGGUGUAUUAGUGGAAAAGGGAUGGCUAACUUACACAUCUGUGAAGGCACUAUUCAUGCUGAAAGGCACAUACAGCUUUUGGAGCAACAUAUGCUGCAGUUCCCAGUGGGCCGCGUCCACCGUCUGCUCCGCAAAGGCAACUAUGGCGAGCGUAUCGGCGCCGGUGCUCCUGUCUACCUGGCAGCAGUGCUGGAGUAUCUGACCGCUGAGAUCCUGGAGUUGGCGGGGAACGCAGCCCGUGACAACAAGAAGACAAGAAUCAUCCCCCGUCAUCUUCAGCUGGCUGUCCGCAACGACGAGGAGCUCAACAAACUCCUGGGAGGUGUCACCAUCGCCCAGGGCGGUGUGUUGCCUAACAUCCGGGCUGUUCUGCUGCCCAAGAAACUUGAAAAGAGUGGGAGGUCUGUCCGUAAGAAUCUGGAAAAAUGGGAGGUCUGUCCAUCAGAAUGAAGAAGAGUUUGAGAUCUGUCGGUAAGAAUCGAGAAGAGUGGAUGGUCUUUCGGUAAGAAUCUAGAAAUAUGGGCGGUCUGUCCGUGAAAAUCAAGAAGAGUGGAAGGUCUGUCAAUAAGAAUUGAAAAAAAUGGGAGGUCAGUCAGUAAGAAUCGAGAAGCGUGGGAGGUCAGUCUGUAAAAAUGAAGAGUUGGAGGUCUGUUUGUAAGAAUCGAGAGUGGGAGGUCUCCCGGUAAGAAUCGAGGAGAGUGGAAAGUCUGUCGGUAAGAAUCUAGAACAAUGGGAGGUCUGUCCGUAAGAAUCGAGGAGAGUGGAAAGUCUGUCGGUAAGACUCUAGAAUAAUGGGAGGUCUGUCCGUAAGAAUCGAGAAGAGUGCAAGGUCUGUCGGUAAGAAUCGAGAAAAAUAUGAGGUCUGUCCUUAAGAAUCGAGAAGAGUGGGAGGUAAGUCCGUGAGAAUGAAGAGUGGGAGGUCUGUCAGUAAAAAUCAAGCAGAGUGGGAGGUGUGUCGGUAAGAAUCGAGGAGAGUGGGUAGUCUAUCGGUAAGAAUCGAGGAGAGUGGGGGUUCUGUCGGUAAAGGUGACGGUGGUCUUACCGAGCAUCUUGCUGAGGACGGCGUUAUGCAGGUCUGGGUUCUGCAAGGCCAGUCGUUUCCGCUCAUCUUUGGCCCAAACCAUGAAGGCGUUCAUGGGCCUGCGGAUCCUCUGCUCGCCCUUCCCAUCGCCUACCGCCAGGUCUGGACUCUGGCCCCCACCGGACCCGACCGAGGCGGUGCUCUUGGACUCCGCUCUCCCAGGGACUCCGGGGUCAUCGGGGAGAUUCCGCUCGAAACCCAAGUCGGGGCUGGAGGCGGCGGGGCUGGGGGUCCUGCCAGCCCACGAGGGGCCCAGGAAGGACACGGCCCCCCGAGACAAUAUGGGCUCCCCUAAACUCAUUCCAGGACUUUCUGCUCUGCCGAGGUCUCUCUCACGCUGUCAGGACUCGGUAAAGUUCCGGACCACGAACCCAGAACACGGACAUGAAGAUCGGAGCGGGGCCAGAACAUUCCUCGGGAGUUAGUCCACAAAGUCUUUUUUCUCAUCUGUGGGGCGCUUCAGUCCGCCACGCCAGGAACUUUGGGGACUUGUGACCACGGACUUUACCGACCCACUUUUAUAUAUUUAACCCCCCCCCCCUCCGGCCUCUCGGCCAAUGGAAGCCACUUAUGGCUGGGAGUUUAACCAAUGAGGUGCCAGACCACUGUGUGCAUGUGAGUGUGUGUGUGUGUGUGUGUGUGUGUGUGUGUGUGUGUGUGUGUGUGUGUGUGUGCGUGUGUGUGAGGAAACAGUGGCGGUCACAUAGGAAGAAAGAGGGAGAGGCAAAGUUUUUAGGCCCCCUCUACACACACACACACACACACACACACACACACACACACACACACACACACACACACACAGCAUACAGGGGAGAUGUAAUCAGAGCGGUUCCAUUGUUUCUGCUUAACCAAGAAUGGACCAUCUCUCACACACUUCAAUACACACAUUCAACACACACACGCAUUUCAAGGGACACACACGCACACACACACACACACACACACACACACACACACACACACACACACACGUAUGAAUUAACGUACACAACAACAAAUGGUGGCCCAAAUUCAAGUAGAAGUCUCCCAUGUGUUUUUAUGUCACCAGAAUUCCGCCAUCAUCGUAUUAAAUUACAUAUUAAAUGACAUUCUUCUUGUUAAAUGAUGUAUUAAAUGACAUAUUUUGCCUUUAAAGGGUAUAUUAAAGUACAUAUUGUGCAUAUUAAAUGAUGAAUUAAAUGGCAUAUUAUGCAUAUUAAAUUAUGUAUUAAAUGUAUUAAAUUAUGUAUUAAAUGACAUAUUAUGCCUAUUAAAUUAUGUAUUAAAUUAUGUAUUAAAUGUUGUAUUAAAUGCCAUAUUAUGCAUAUUUAAUUAUGUAUUAAAUGUUGU